UAUGCAGCAUGAUGGGCUACGAGGAGUUCCACCGAGCCUCCUGGUACCGGAAGGUAGCAUCCUUCGUCGACAACAUCGGAUGUGCCACAGAAAGCCAGAACUUCCUACAAACCAGCCAGAGAGUGCGACUCAACAAGGAGUAUCCGAGCCAUAUCCUCGAGAUUAUAGAGAAUAGGUUGAGGUCGCAUCUGAUGAACGAUAGAUGCCAUGAGCAUGUUAUCACCUUGUCUAUGGUCAUGAUGGCGCAAGCUAUUCGACAUUCAUUGUUCCACCUAAAAAAGAAGCCUUCGGGUGAGAACCUCACUUCCACAUCGACCUCGACUAAUGGACGAUCUUCGACCAAAAUUACAAGAAAAACCCCGACAAGACUGAAGAAAUUAAACCCCACUUUGAUACAACGCAGGCAGUCCAUGAUGGUUUUGUAAUUUAUCAAUUAAGAUUAUUUAGAUAAGUUAA